UAAUUGUUUCUACUCAUGUCUCGUACAACAGACAGGCUUAAUACUACAUUACCCACAAUCCACCGCAACACAACAAACCCGGGGCAAGGCAUGGCGUCCUCGGAGUCAGACACAGGCGAUGCUGCCCUGGUGGACGCGCCAGAGGCCCAAACAGGUGAGGAGGGAGUCCAGCUCUGCCCCUUCUUUUUGAAGGGGAAGUGUCAUUUCGGUCUCCGGUGUCGUUUGUCUCACAAGUCCGUCCAGCUGGUGUGUGAAGUCCCCUGCAGCUCAGGGGCCCCCAUAGAAGGGGCUGCAACUGCUCCGGGGCUGGAGGCAGAACCGCAGGAAGAGAAGCAAAGGAAGAAGAAGGCAAACAGCAACAGAAAUGAUAAAAAGGAGGCGGAGAAAAAGCCUCGCAUGCGCACCGCUGACGACAUCAUCUCUCGCAUCCAGUGGGACCCCUCUGUGGACGCCUCGCACUUCCUGGUGGGCUACACCGACCGCUUCCUGGGGGUGCUGGAGCGCCCCUUCGCCGACUUCAACUGGGACGUCAAGCCGUGCGACUGCGACUACACGGCCGAGCUGGCGCUGCCCAGACACAGGAUCCAGUACUUCGCCUACCAGGGGACCCGCGUCUGGGACCGCCGCAGCAGGACCGACCGCGUCUUUGGCUCCACCGGACAAUCUCUGGCUCCCCCCUUUGGAGGGCAGGGGGAAGUAGAAGAAAGGCAUGUAGACCGAGGAGAGGAUCCACCUGCUGCACAUCUGGAUCAGGACCAUGUGGACACGCACGGCGCUGACUCAGCACAAGCAUCCCCGGAAUGGCAGCGCGUUGCGGAGGAGGCUGCAAACAGCGCUACGGCCUCGUCCGAUAGAGAAGAGCGACUCACAGAGGGAGCGUCCGAAGGAGGAGAAGGUUUUGAAAGGCGGGAUAAUCCGACUCCACCUGCAGCUGCUGAGCAAAGACUCAGAGGAACAUCAGAAGUCUCUCCCUCAGAACUUGAAUGAUGGACGUUCCCGUGGAGGACCACCAGGAGGGGGGGGGUCUUCCCCGACUGGGCAGACCACUAGGUGGGCAAAGGUUCCUAAUGUGUGUGCUAACGCGUCCAUACUGUCAAGUACACAAUCAGAUCCAAAUAUGAGAGUCACGCUCACUGAGGGUCGACUAAUGAUUCCUUGUAGCUUGUGCAGCCCUUUGAGACACUCCUGAUUUAGGGCUAUAUAAAUAAACUUUGAUUGAUUGAUUCAA